UCCUAGGGAAAAGAAGAUUCCCAUGGGACAUGGGACAGGAGGCUCCUCAUGGUUUUGUUUUGUAUUGUUUUGUUUUGCUUAAGUCAUCUCUGACCCACAUAUGAAGAACUGCGUCCUCUAACUCGCUGUGUGUGUGUUUUUCAACCUGCAAGACUUAGAGGCAAAGUCACAUUGUUGAGUUAAUACCAUUUUUCAUGACAGCAUCUUUAAAAAGAAAACAAGUCACAAACACACCCUUCUCAAAAAUGACUAAUGAAGAGUGGCAGGAUAUGGCAUCCACACCAGAGAUCUGAAGCCAUGGAUGACCGCCCUUCUCACUGUUCUCUCCCUGUUGAUGGUGGUAGUGACCAUUGGACUUCUGGCUCACUUCCUCGUUUUUGGCCAGAAUAUGGAAUAUUAUCAGGGGACCUUUACAAUUUCAGAUAUUCAAGUCAAUAGCAACUCAGGACGAAAGAGCUCAAAUCAAUUGAAGGACUUACAGGAGAUGAAAGAAAAUUUGGUAGAUGAAAUAUUUAUAGAUUCAACCUUGAACAAGCGCUACGUCAAAAACCACGUAGUCAGACAACCCCCAGAAGAGGAUGACACAGAAGCAGACAUUGGUACGGUAUUCCAGACUCCCACUACAGAGCAAAGGACUGUAGGAAAGAAGACAACCCAAAGCAUCUUAAAUCAGAAGACAAGAAAAGCAAGAGCUUUGCCAGCUGACGUCUCACUGGUUCAAGUUAAUGAUUGUGGCAAGCGAGUUAUCCCAUUAAUUGCCAACAGAAUAGUGUCUGGAAACCCUGCAGCCAAAGGUGCUUGGCCUUGGCAAGUUUCCCUCCAGCGCAGCAACAUCCAUCAGUGUGGGGGCACAUUGAUUGGUAACAUGUGGGUCGUCACUGCAGCACACUGUUUUAGAACCAAUCCAAACCCUCGCCAAUGGACUCUUAGUUUUGGAACAACAAUAAAUCCUCCUUUAAUGAAAAGAGAAGUCAGAAGAAUUAUUAUGCAUGAAAGGUAUCGGCCCCCAGCAAGAGACCACGACAUUGCUCUUGUACAGUUUUCUCCCAGAGUCACCUUUUCGGAUGAAGUGCGCCGAAUUUGUUUGCCAGAACCCUCUGCAUCUUUUCCAUCAAAUUCAACUGUCUACAUCACAGGAUUCGGAGCUCUUUACUAUGGUGGGGAAUCCCAAAAUGAGCUCCGUGAAGCCAGAGUACAAAUCAUAAGCAAUGACAUCUGCAAGCAGAGACAUGUGUACGGCAAUGAAAUAAAACGUGGGAUGUUCUGUGCUGGAUUUCUGGAAGGAAUUUACGAUGCCUGCAGGGGUGAUUCUGGUGGACCAUUGGUUAUAAGAGACAACAAAGAUACCUGGUAUCUCAUUGGAAUUGUGAGCUGGGGAGACAACUGUGGUCAAAAGAACAAGCCUGGGGUGUACACACAAGUGACUUAUUACCGGCGCUGGAUUGCUUCAAAAACGGGUCUCUAACUCGCUACAGAUAGAUGUUAAAGAAAACAGUAGCAUUCGGGUUAUAUGUAUAUAAGAAUUCAAACAUUCAUUUGGUGGCAUUGGUACAAUGAAGUGAGAUUAAAUAGCUG